AUGCCUUCGGCGGAAAGCGUUGCGGUGAUUACCGCGGAGGAGCCUGUUGUCGAGAAGGCCAAGAAGCAGAAGAAGGACAAGAAGGAUAAGAAAGAAAAGAAGGAGAAGAAGAAGUCCAAGACCAAAGAUGUGGAGACUCCGGAUGUCGCCGACGCGACAAAUGGUGAGACCGUUGUGAGCGACGGUCCAGAAGCUGAGGAGAAGAGGAAGAAGAAGGAAAAGAAGGAGAGGAAGAAGGAGAAGAAAGACAAGAAAGAAAAGAAGAAGAAGGCCAAGCAAGUCGAAGACAAUACACAAAACGGCACUGAGACCGAAGACACCCCGAUGGUCGAUGCGACAGCUCAAGAGUCCAACAAGAAGAGUUCAAAGAAGAAGCGCAAGCACGACCAAGUCGCCGAAGACGCCGCCGACAGCACGAAUGCCGCCGACUCCGAGUCCCGACCGAAGAAGUCCAAGAAGGAAGGGAAGGCGCGGAACGGAGUCGAGAGCAACGGCGCUGCCAACGGCCAUGCAGCCUCGGGUGACACCUACACGCAGUCCGCCGCGCUCGACGCAGUCCCUCAGUCCGAGAUUGACGACUUCCUCAAGUCCAAAUUCGUCGCUAUUGCCGACCCCACGGGUAAACUCAGCCAUCUCCGCCCGAUAGUGCAGUUCUCACACCUCCCUACCACCCGCCUCCUCGAGAAGUCUCCCUUCAAGGCCUUCAGCGCCCCGACGCCCAUCCAAGCCGCCUCCUGGCCUUUCACGCUUUCUCACCGCGACGUCAUCGGUGUUGCGGAGACCGGGUCCGGAAAGACUAUGGCUUUUGCACUCCCUUGCGUAGAGGGCUUGCUUAGAGGUCCCAAGAAGCGAGGCGUUAAGGCCGUCGUCGUAUCCCCGACCCGCGAACUUGCUAUGCAGACCCAAGAACAAGUCUCCCAACUAGCAGGUCUCGUCGGCCUCUCCUGCGUGUGCAUAUACGGUGGCGCUCCUAAGCACGAGCAGCGAGCGCUCCUCGGCCGCGGCGCCGACAUCAUCGUCGCCACGCCCGGCCGUCUGAAGGACUUCAUGUCCGAAGGCGUCUGCGAUCUCAGCAACGUGCAGUUCGUCGUACUCGAUGAGGCGGAUCGCAUGCUCGACACCGGGUUCGAGGAGGACAUUAAGCAGAUUCUCGCGGCGACGCCGCCUCGUGAGAAGAGGCAGACCCUCAUGUUCACUGCUACGUGGCCCGUGUCGGUACAGGCUCUCGCGGCGUCGAUGAUGGUCGAUCCUGUUAAGAUUACGAUCAGCAAUGGGGCAGAUGACCGGGCUGAUGGCGAGCUGCAGGCCAAUAAGCGUAUUACGCAGCGCGUCGAGGUUGUGGACCCGCGGGCGAAGGAGGGUCGUCUUCUUCAGAUUCUGAGGGAGUAUCAGCAGGGCAGCAAGCGGAAUGAUCGCAUUCUCGUGUUCUGUCUGUACAAGAAAGAGGCAACGAGAGUGGAGGAGACACUGUCUCGCAAAGGUAUCCGCGUUGCUGGUAUUCAUGGAGACCUCAAGCAAGAGCAGAGGACUAGGAGUUUGGAAGCGUUCAAGGCCGGAACUACGAGUGUUUUGGUAGCGACUGAUGUUGCUGCCAGAGGACUCGACAUUCCGGAGGUGAAGCUCGUUAUCAACUUGACGUUCCCCCUAACGAUCGAGGAUUACGUCCACAGAAUUGGUCGUACGGGACGUGCUGGAAAGACAGGCGAGGCAAUUACCCUGUUUACCCUACACGACAAGUCUCAUUCUGGAGAAUUGAUCAACAUUCUUAAGCAAGCUGGUCAGCCUGUUCCCGAGGAUCUCCUCAAGUUCGGCACCACCGUCAAGAAGAAGUUGCAUCCCGUAUACGGAGCGUUUUACCGCGAGGUAGACACGACUAAUGUUCCCGCCAAGAUUGUCUUUGAUGAUUAG